UAGAAUUUGGAAUAUUUCUCAGGAAAGAGCGACCUGCCGGCGCCGGCUCGGAAGGCGUUCCCGGUGCCGUGGGUGGGGCCGUGUCUUGGCACAGUUUUCACAACCACCUCUCACUCACACACACUCGCUCACACUUAUUCGACAGUUCACAACUCUCUAAGCCAUUUCACGAAAUGUCACCAAAACGACUGCAAAUACUGCAGCCACUCACCUCCCAACCAUGGCAACUCACAACAGUAACCCGUCGCCAUUUCACAUCCUCAUCAGAACCCAAAACCAAUCACCAAAAAAGAACCAAACCCUCCCUCUACAACCGGCUCUUCCCCAAAGCCUCCACCCCCCAACCAUCCAAAGCCUCACCCUUAGGCAACACCACCACCGCCACCGCCGCCCAAAACGAUGACCCCGAACCACCCCGAAUAUCCCUCCACGACGACCAAGAACUCGGCGAAUGGCUAAAGCAGCUCCAGUCCACCUUCGCCGAUGACACCACCAUCACCACCACUGACAAAGACCCCAACGCCCCAACAGUCCUCAUCCUCUCCGCCCCCCGAGACCUCCUAGAAUCAGACUUCUACCGCGUCUCCCCCUCAGGCCAACACGUCCAAGGCUGGACCAGCGGUCCCGACAAAGUAAUGCAACACCGUACCCCCCACCACCUCUCCCCAACCGAAAUCUUCUACCUCUUCUUCCCCUCCCGCCCCUCAGCCCUAUCUUACCUCUCCCUCCUCAAAACCCAACACUCCCUCUCCCGCUCCGCCCUCCUAUCCCGUCUCUCCUCCCCCCUCCCCCCACCCCCCAAUCCAUACCUCACUCCCUCAUCCCCCCUCACAUCCCGACCAUAACCUCCUCCAUCCAUCCCUUGUCAAGCCUUCAAACCUCUUUCCUAACCAGCACCCUCCCAAAGACCAACCAAGCCCGUCUACUACCAAUCCCUCAACCCUUUUCCAAUGUCCCUCAACAGGCAGCAGGGAAUUUCAUCCUCCUCCGCCUGAGCAACGGCAAGCUCACACCCCGGUAUCUAUCCCAUCUGAUCCAAAACGACGACGCACGCUGGGGGAUACUCCCCAAAACCAGGAAAAAGGGCGCCAUCACACCGCUGAGGGCGACGAUGAGCUAUGUCGGAUUGCCAGAGUCGCAAAAUGAUAAUUCUACCGGGGAGACAGGGGGUAAGGAGAAAAAGGGGGAAGAAAUCAAGGUGUAUUCCCGUUUCUUGAUCGGCUUUGAUCACCCCUCCGAAGCGAAACGUUUCGCGAGGUGUUGGCAUAAAAAGGAAGUGGUCGACCAAGUCCGGGGGCAGAGGAUGGUUUGUAAUACUACUGUUUUGUGGUGAUUUUUCACACUCGGGGGUUGGAUUGAUUGUGGGAGUGGAAUAACCAACACCAUGUAAAAAUAAAAUAAAAAGCGAGUAAUAAUCAUGGCUGGAAGUUUUGAAAAAAAAAAAAUUCUUGUUAGACUACUUGUAAAAAACAUGUAUAUAAAUACCAAAUACCAACAACACCAAACAUGCAUGCCCC